AUGCUUUUCUUUCCCCAGGGAGAUAAAGAAGCUGAGUUAGGACUUCCAUUUUCUCCACUUUGUGAUCGGAAGUCAACCAUGGUGGCCCAGUCACAAAUAGGUUUCAUUGAUUUCAUAGUAGAGCCAACAUUUUCUCUUCUGACAGACUCAACAGAGAAAAUUGUUAUUCCUCUUAUAGAGGAAGCCUCAAAAACCGAUACUUCUUCCUAUGUGGCAAGCAGCGGCUCAUCCACCAUUGUGGGGUUAAAUGUUGCUGAGGCGCUAAGACGGUGCAAUGUAAAAGGCUCCCUGAGCGACGGCUCCUAUUCUCCAGACUACUCCCUUUCAGCAGUGGACCUGAAGAGUUUCAAAAACAACCUGGUGGACAUCAUUCAGCAGAACAAAGAGAGGUGGAAAGAAUUAGCCGCACAAGAAACAAAUACCAAUUCACAGAAGUAUAAGUUUGUCCAUCUGUAA